UUGUCGCUCAAUAGCUGCAAAAUAGCUUACCAAUAAAGACAAAUAAAUAAAAUGGAGACAAUAAGUAUCAGAGUAGAUAAAAAAAAUUUCCGUCGGCCUCAGAAUCGUUGGGUGUCGUCAGCAAAACCAAAACGAGCCACCACAGCUUGGGGAAAAUUUAUAAUAAUUCUCAAGAAGCAUGUAAAGCUUUUUUGCGACAAUACGAGUCUGGUUGGUUACAAAUAUUUGACAGAACCGGGACGCCCAGUUCGUGAAAGAGUUUUCUGGAUAAUAAUUCAUACGGUAACUUUGUGCACGCUGAGUGUUACUAUAUUCAGUCUUUGGAAACAGUAUGUCGAUACGCCGGUGGUGACUCUGGUAGAUUCGGACCAUUACCCGUCCAACGAGCUCGAUUUACCAGGUGUUUCUAUUUGUAAUAUUAAUCGGAUGAGCAGGAAAGCGGUUGAAAUUUUCGCUCAAGAACUUAUCGACGCUAAAGCAACGAAUGCUUCAUUUAUCGAAGUGAUGAAAAUGAUCCUUGGACUAGGCAGUCUCUAUGAAACUGGAUACGAUCGAACCGAAACCGACGAGAAAAUGGAUUUGUUGAUUGAUGAAGUGCUGCGUAAGUUUUAUCGUGAGGAUGAUUACGACGUUACACCGUUAUUGAAGCGACUAUCUCCAAGUUGUACAAAGGGAAUACAGUCCUGUUACUUUCGAAAUAAACUUGUUAAUUGCUCGGAUUUAUUCAAGUUUCGUAAAAACCAGCAUGGAUACUGCUGCAUAUUCAAUUACAUACGUGAGCCGGACGAAAUUAUCACAGACAAGGAAUUUAAAAAACAUAAACCGUUGCGGUCCCUCAAGAUAGGAAAUUCAGGAAUUGCCAAUGGACUGUCAAUUGUGUUAGAACCAGAGCUGGAAGAUUAUUUUUUUACAUUUUUUGAAAUGAUCGGUUGGAAGAUAGCAAUAUUUAAUUCUGGUGAUUACCCCGACAAUACCAGUGGUGGUGUAUCCGAGGUACUGAUAUCACCGUCAACGGAAAAUUUCAUCCAACUAACCGUGAAAUCAUUCACGAGCACAGAAGCAGUUAGAAGCGUACCUAAAGAGAAACGGGAGUGCAUAUUCAGCGACGAGGAAAAAGUACUGCAGGCUAAUUACACUUACAGUGAUUGCAUCGUCGACUGUCGCGCUAAGUCAAUUUGGGAGACCUGCAACUGCAGACCCUUCUCUUUGCCCCGACGCGGUAACGAUGAAUAUAGCCGGAAAGUUUGCAAUACCAAAAACAGCGAUUGCAUUCAUCGUAAUCAAGUGAAAUGGUGGUCAGUAUUACCUCACGAAGUAACAAAUCCAGAAGAAGUUGAAAACUUCGAAAGAGCUGUUGAAGGAGACGGAGAUAACUUAUUGCACUGUAACAGUUGCUAUCCGGCGUGUAACGACGUGUCUUAUUAUGUUUUUAAUGACUUCGUGCCUCUUCAAACAGGGUAUUAUCAGUCGGAAUUACUGGACAAUCUUGAAGUUAAGGAUCAAAGUAUUGUUCAUAUUUACUUUAUAAACUUCGGAAGUGUACGGCUCAAAAUGGACUUGGGCUAUUACUGGUACGAGCUACUCAGCAAUAUCGGAGGAAUAUGUGGAAUAUUCAUCGGCUUCAGUCUUCUUAGUCUUGUUGAACUGGGUUAUUUCUUCCUCGGUUUUAUUUAUGAAAUUUGCUGUCCAGGUAAAAUAAUAACUGAAGUUGGAAACACGAUAGAGGACCCGGGAGACCCUGGUGACACUGAAAGGUCUGCUACAGAUAUGCAAUCCGUUAACAGAAUCUACUGGAACGAGCUGCUGUCACAGCCGAGAGUCGGUAUGAAAAAUAAGAUUGUUCGUCCGCGACGUAAACUCAGAUAUUGAAUUUACAAUUGACUUUUGAA